AUGACUGCCGCCAACCCCUCCGACGGCCUCACCCCCUCCCAGCUUGAGGCCUUCCACCGCGACGGCUACCUCAUCAUCCCAGAUGCCCUUCCCCCAUCCAUCGUCUCCGCCCUCCUCGCCGAAACCCACCGACUUCUCGACACCCUCGACCUAUCCACCCACCCUCUCACACGCUUCCGCACAGGCGGCGAGGACGGCACCGACCACGUCGGCGACGACUACUUCCUAACCUCAGGCGACAAGAUCCGCUUCUUCCUCGAGGACGACGCCUUCGACGCCGCCGGCAACCUCACCAAACCCAAACACCGCGCCGUCAACAAGAUCGGCCACUACCUGCACGGCCUAUCCCCCCCCUUCGCCGCCCUGCUCAACCCCCCAACCACCACCGCCACCACCACCACCACCACCACCCACCCCGCCUCCAUCGCCCGCUCCCUCUCCUUCACCUCCCCCCGCGUCCUCCAAAGCAUGAUCAUCUGCAAGCAGCCCGAGAUCGGGGGCGCCGUCCCCCCGCACCAGGACUCAACCUUCCUGUACACCGACCCGCCCAGCGCGGUGGGCUUCUGGUAUGCGCUAGAGGACGCGACGCUGGAGAACGGGUGUCUGAGCUUCCUGCCCGGGUCGCACCGCUGGGCGCCGAUCGAUCGGCGGUUGGUGAGGGGCGAGGGGGGGAAGGGGACGGAGAUGGUGGGGAAUGGGGAGGGGGCGGGGAGGUUUCCUCGUUGUGAUUCCGGGGCGGAGGGGGGGGAGUAUGGCGAGGGGUUGAAGGGCGAAGGGGUGGGCGAGUACGUGCCGGGGGAGGUGAAGGCGGGGUCGUUGGUGUUGAUUCAUGGGAAUUUGUUGCAUAAGAGUGAGAGGAACUUGAGUCAGAAGGGGAGGAUCAUUUAUACGUUUCAUAUUAUUGAGGGUGGGGAGGGGUUUCGCUAUGAUGAACGGAACUGGCUGCAGCCGCCGGAAGAGGGCUUUACAAAGUUGUAUGCAUAG